AUGGCCGUUCCGGGCUCCACCCGAUCGGUUUUAGGUAAUAACGUGAUUAAGGGUCGUGAUUUCUUCGAUCAGAAAGGCAAAGAACCGGCCUCCUUUGUACGCGUCGAACGAAUGCUGAUCAUUCCGUUCAACCGUGAUGAAGUGCAGAAGCACCGCGGAAUAUCAUCGAAACGUGAUGAGGCUCUCGGUACCAGAGCUCGCUACGUGCGCAAGGAAUCACUACGCACCAAAGUCCGCUAUGCCUCGCGUUCACCCGUCUGGAACGAGAAGUUUGAGUUCCCUACCAGCCUAAAGCAAUUGUCACUCACCUGCAUCGAUGUCCAUGUGUUUGAUAUCAACUCUUCGCCAAUUACUAAGAAAAAAGAGGAAAUCGGCUGUUUCAGAAUAGGUCGCAUGGGCCGUCGGGACGGUCGUGAACAUUGGGCCGCCAUGCUGGCGAAGCCAAACUAUGCCGCCUUAUUUUGGUACUAUGUUUUUCUAUAA